AUGUCCAGCUCUUCACCAACACGUCAGCCUCAGACAUUCGGAUUGCCAUGGCCGGAUCUCAACCACGGCCUGCUCUACAACGACGUCGUUCGAGCCUCCGAUUCUGAACUGACACUGAUCGAGUUCUACUCGAGCAAGUAUAAGAACUCAGCUCCUCUACAAGGUUGGUUGCAGAGAAUUCGGAACGGACAGAUAACAGUUGAUGGCGAAGUUGUUAAAGAUCCCAGUACGAUCCUCAGGGUCGGUUUGGAAUUGGUCUAUCAUAGGCUUCCGUGGAGAGAGCCCGAUGUGCCAUACUUGCUGGAGGUUCUAUAUGACGAUGAUGAUAUGAUUGCUCUAAAUAAGCCUUCUGGCCUGCAAGUUUUACCUGGAGGUCUUUUCCAGCAACGGACAGUUCUCACACAGCUCCUUUGGCAGGCAACAAAGAAGAUCUCUCCCUUAUCUUGCCAAGAACCACAUCCUGUUCCUGUUCAUCGCUUAGGAAGAGGCACUUCAGGAAUAUUACUCUGUGCAAAGACGAAGCAUGCCAAAACUCAACUUGCAGCAUACUUUGCUGAUGGGACAUCUAAUAUUGGAGAUGACAGUAAUACCUCCAUGGAGGCGCAUGCAGUGAGGAAAAUCUCAAAGAUAUACCGGGCACUAGUGACUGGGAUACUUUGUGAAGAUAAGGUAACUGUCAAACAGCCAAUUGGAGUGGUGCGAUAUCCUGGUGUGGCUAAAGGGCUGUAUGUUGCUUCUCCCACAGGAAAACCAGCUAUGAGUAAAGUUGAAGUUCUUGAGAGAGAGAUUCAUAAAAACCAAACACUGGUCCAGGUUGAGAUUCAGUCAGGGAGGCCACACCAAAUUCGUAUCCAUCUUUCUUACAUAGGACAUCCUUUGUUAGGAGAUCCUCUUUAUGUUCUUGGUGGACAACCAAAGUGCUUAGAUUCUGACUUUGUAGAUGAGAAUUUUGCAGCUGAUGGAGGGUUCCUGAGGCCUACAAAUCCUGUUCCAGGAGAUUGUGGCUACAACUUGCAUGCUCAUCAAGUGAUUCUCUCACACCCAUCAUCCAAUGAGGUAAUCGAAGUUACAGCACCACUUCCGGCUAUUCUCCGAACUCAGAAAGAAACCGAAGAACUUGUUAGCACUACCAAUACUAAGAAUGCUGCAGAUGGAGAGUGCACAUUCAACAGGUUUCCUUGA